AUGAGUGACCUGGGGCCUCUCUCCUUCUACCUGGGGAUCGAGGUGCACCAGGACGACUCCGGGAUCACACUUCGGCAGACCGCCUACGCCAAGCGCGUCGUUGAGCUAGCUGGGCUCACCGACUGCAACCCAGCUCUCACUCCGAUGGAGGAGAGGCUGAAGCUGAGCCGUGAUAGCAAGGCAAAGGAGGUGGACGCUACCCAGUACCGGCGUCUUGUGGGGAGCCUUCGCUACCUCGCCCACACAUGGCCGGACUUAGCGUUCUCCGUCGGCUACGUUAGUCGGUUCAUGCAGCGACCGACGACGGAGCACCAGCAGGCUGUGAAGAGGAUCAUCCGCUAUGUUGCGGGGACUCUCGACCAUGGCCUCUACUACCCGAGGUGCAGUGACAGCGACCACGCCGGCGACAUCGACACCAGCAAGAGCACCAGUGGGAUCCUCUUCUUCCUUGGCAAGUGCCUCGUCAGCUGGCAGUCGGUCAAGCAGCAGGUGGUAGCUCUGUCCAGCUGCAAGGCCGAGUACAUCGCGGCCUCCACCGCUUCGACUUAG